AGUUGGGUUUCACGGUACAGGGAUUGGCUGAAAGCACAGGUGGUUUUGAGUCCUUGCUUUGGAAGAAUGGAGAUGCCAUCAUAUUACAAAAAGCUACUUGGGGAACUUAAUGAGCAGAGAAAGAGAGAUUUCUUCUGUGACUGCACCAUUAUUGUGGAAGGUCGGGUCUUUAAGGCUCACAGGAAUGUCCUUUUUGCCAACAGUGGCUACUUUAGAGCCCUUCUGAUCCACUACAUUCAGGAUAGUGGGAGACACAUCACAGCAUCUUUAGACAUUGUCACUUCUGAAGCCUUCUCUACCAUAAUGGACUUCCUGUAUUCUGGGAAGCUGGACUUGUGUGGAGAAAAUGUCAUUGAAGUUAUGAGUGCAGCCAGUUAUCUGCAAAUGACUGAUGUGGUCAAUUUCUGUAAGGGUUACAUUCGUUCCUCACUUGAUAUUUGUCGAAAGAUAGAAAAAGAAAGCUCCUUUAGGCAAGCAGACAGUGGUAGCGAUGGCAUAGGAGGGGUAGAUAGAACUAGAUUGGAGAGCUCUGUAGUGAAAGAUGAGGACAGUGAAUGCCAAAGGGAUCCUCCUCGUGAGGACCGAAGUAGCUGUAAUUCAGUAGAACUUGUAGUAAAGGAUCACCCAAGUGUAGGGUCUCCUGAAGAAAAAAGCUCAUCCAAAGUAGUGGAACCAAAGGAGGAGUUUGACUCUGAUAUAGUGGAAGUGACAGAGGGUCUUCAGCAGUACCAGAGUCCCCAAAGACCACAACAGGGAGAGGACAGCCUCCCUGAAGGUGCAGGAGCUGACAUGUCUUAUAAUAACUACCAUAUGAAACAUUUCCUUGAAGCUCUUCUGCGUAAUAGCUCUGCCCAAAGGAAAGAAGACAAUGUACAUCAUUUUCCACGCGGGUUUGAAUCUCGUCAGGAGGAAGCAGUGUUCCCCAUGAGCUCCAUGGCUGACAUUCAGGGCGACUGGUAUGGGGAAGAUGCAGGGGAUGUUCUUGUUGUUCCUAUUAAGUUGCACAAGUGCCCUUUCUGCCCAUACACAGCCAAGCAGAAGGGCAUCCUUAAGCGCCAUAUUCGUUCACACACUGGGGAACGUCCAUACCCUUGUGAGAUAUGUGGCAAGAGAUUCACUCGGCAAGAGCACCUGAGAAGCCAUGCACUUAGUGUUCACCGCUCAAACCGUCCAAUCAUCUGCAAGGGUUGCCGCAGGACCUUCACCAGCAGCCUAUCCCCUGGCUUGAGACGUUUUGGACUGUGUGAUAGCUGUACAUGUGUCACUACCACUCACGAUGACUCCAGCCACCCAGGCCAGUCUGAGGCUGCAUCCGAGAGCAUAGACAAAGAUGAAGUAGAUGGGGAUUGGCCGAUCUAUAUUGAAUCUGGAGAUGAAAAUGAGGCAGCUGAGGAAGAAGCAGACGAGAAGGACCAACUUCACAGAGAGAUUUUGAUGUGAAUCUCGAAAGAGGGGGAAUAAAUCACCAUCGCAACAUUAAGGAAGGAUUCAAAAUGUAUCGGGGAUGUAAUCUGCUGUGCUACAGAUUGCAAACCUCCAACUUUGCAGAAUACUGCUGGACACCACGGUAUAGGGAGCAGCAUUUGACUGUUUAUCUAAUGCUUUUAGUUUGGUGCUGUGCACUAAAAAAACAAUAUAAUUUGUGACUUUUUUCUGACGUUAUUGAUUUUUUUUAAUCUCUCAUUUGCUAUUUAAAAUACAAGAAACAAUAGAACUGACAAGGUGCCAAACCACCCUGGGAGAUGCAAGGAUAUCUGGUAUUCAGCUACAAUUAUAGUGAGACCCUAUAAUCUGCUAAUAUCUCUCUGUCACGGAGAGUCUGGAGCCUAGAAUGCACGUCUACUAUAUGUUAAAGAUAUUUUUAUAGUGGCAAAAAAAGCUCAAAUUGUUCAAUCAGAUCAAAAGCCUUCCUUUCUGAGGGAUGUGAUCUACAUUACAAUACUGAAUACAAGCAGACGGUGAGAUUAUAGUUUUUGUGCCUCAUCCUGUUCCUGGAUAUCUCAAUCAGUUUUGGAAAUGACAGUAAUGUUUUCUUAAGGAUCAUUUUAAAUAUUUAAUAAGCUCUUCUAUGUUUGAAUCACACAGACAACUGAGUUGUACUUGCUUUCAAAACCAGAAGUACUAGAUAUAGUGAUAUGACACAUUCAGAAGUUGUACUAAACUAGCUGUUAGUGGAGAAAAUACUACUUAAGUGGAAAAAAAGACCUGUUGUUUCAUUAUACCUGUGCCAGAUAAUAAGAAGUAUGGAGACAGAUCUUGUAUAAAUGCAACACAUCUCUCUCGGUGUAGCUCCUGGAAGCCUUAUUUGGCUCUCUUCAUGCAAAGAUUAUCAUGGUUAUGGAAUAUGGAAGUAAUUUAUUCUCAGUUGAACGCACAUUUUGCCUCGGGCUGCAACUAGUCUUCAAAAAGAACAAAAAGGUGGAGAACGUUUCUAAACUCAUAAUGAAGAUUGUGUGCGUCCUUCUUUGUCUGUUUCUGGAUUUUCCCUCCCUUUUCAUUAUGUUCAACAGUAAACCCAAAGCUAGCCGAGUUUAUUCCUGUCUGUUGGUCAUUCCUGAAAGACCAGCAGCAAAAUACUGUUUGAUUCUAAACUUUUAUGUAUUAUAAUAAUGAACUGGGUGACCUAAGCACCAUGAUAACUAUGAUGUAAUAUCUGGAGGACAAAUGUCCUUUUUUUUAUUGGUUUGUAUGAAAAUAAUAUUUUUAAGUUAUUGUGUCUUUUGUUCCAUGGUACUGCACAUGCAAAAACUGUAAAAUACUAUUUUAAAGUUGCCUUUUUCUUUUCCUUUCCAUUUUGGUACAUGCUUGAGACAUCAAGAUAAAAUCUUCCACUAAAUAUUGCCUAUAUAAAGAGAAAAGCAAUUCUUUAAAAUGUGUGAAGCUAAAGGGGCUGGCUCGUGCUCUUAUGAUUAUGUAUAUUCUUGUGCUGAGUUUUUGAGUAAUAUUAAACAUAGUAAUUAAAUGUUAACAAGGUAA